AUGGCACUAUGUCUAACAUCAUUACUAUCGAAUAUGACGACGUAUAAUUUUACAAAAAUCUGCAUGACACCGGAAAAUGGUUUCAACGCGUCCACAGACAACACAAGUGAUUGGCUCCAAGCAUGUGUUGCUAUCGGAGCGUUAGCCGUCUCACUACCGUAUACCUACCUUUUCCAACACUACACUAAGAAGUGGGUGUUUCUGUCGGCCGGAAUUAUUUCAGCAGGUUUGCCCACAUCUUAUCUUUUUAUGUCCACAGCUUUGGUGCCUUUAGCUCAUGAAUACGGCUUUAUGUACUUUCUGAUCGCACGGACAUUUCAGGGUGUCGCUUUCUCGGCAACAUUUCCGAUCAUUGGUGCUGUGACAGCCGAUUGGGCUGUACUCACUGAACAUGGGCUCUUCGUUGGACUUCUUACCGGGUGCACACAACUUAGUAAUAUGUUCACGAUGCCGGUGUCAGGUGCUCUGUGUUCAACGUCUUGGGGUUGGCAAUCGGUCUACUAUGUUCAUGCUGCUUUAUCAGUGUUUGCAUUCUGUUGUUGGGUACUUAUCUACAAAGAUCGCCCCGAUGAACACGUAUUGGUCAGCGCUGAAGAGUUAAGUCGUCUUCAGCAAGGAAAAUUGUCAAAGGUCAACUACGCUAACAAUGAUAUACCGUUUCGUGCCAUAUUAUCAUCGAAAACACUAUGGGGUGUCUGGAUUGCGGCUUUCGCGGAUUUGUUGGCUGUUCAGUUGGUCGCUAUGUUCAAUCCUCAGUAUUUGAACGAUUAUCUACACUACAAUGUGCUCAAGACUGAUAAAUUCAUAAGGAUUUUUUUUGUCCCAGAGCUAAGUCCCCACAUAUUAAGGUGUUUCGACGAAACAUGCAAACUUCGCGUUUACAACUCACUGGCCUUGGGAGCUUCAGCGAUAUUCUUCGCAAUUUUAGCGUUCAUUCCGCGUGAAAAUCGUGUCAUAGCUAUCGUUGUGCUCGUAUUCGCUGAAAGUCUGCUUGGCUUAAACACUGCUGGUUUUAACAAAUGUGCUACACUGCAUUCGCGUCAAUACGGACAUUUUGUUAUGACACAGAUAAUGAAUCUUUGGGCGUUGACGAUACUCCUGGAACCGUUUGUAGUACAUGCAAUUGUUGCUCAAAAUGAUUGGCGUAACUGCUUCCUGUGUCACUCAAUCGCUUUGCUCAUCUGCAACGCAAUAUUUUGCAUAUGGGCAGAUGCAAAACCAGCACCGUGGACUAAUGUGGAUCAUCGCGGAGAACGUUCAAAGGCUCAGCUGCUUAAGGAUGGAGCCGAAGAAGCCGCUCCUUCUAGAGAUUAA